AGGUCAGAGCAGCUCCAGGAAGGAGGACCAGCGUGUCAGUGUGUAUGAAAUCACCACAUUCGUGUUUGUCAGCCACACAUCAGUGUUAACACAAACGGCAGCAGUAUUUUGAUCACAUCCAGGAGUCUGUAUUAGCCAAGUGAAUCAAGCAGGAGCUGCAGUUGAAGGCGGGACCAUGAAGAAAGCUGCUCUGCUGCUCAUCCUGCUGCUCGGCGUUGCACACUUGGCGACGCUCAGCAGAUGCGAGGAUGAUGUUGCAGAAGACCAGGAGGAGGCUGAGGACAGUGAUGAUGAGGAAGAGGAGGACGAGGAGGAGGAUGACACAGAGGUGAAGGAGGAGAACGGGGUGCUGGUUUUCACAGACCGCAACUUUGACACUUUCAUGGAGGGCAAAGACACCGUUCUCGUUGAGUUUUAUGCCCCAUGGUGUGGCCACUGCAAGCAGUUUGCCCCCGAGUAUGAAAAAAUUGCUCAGACUCUCAAGGAGAACGAGCCUCCCAUCCCCGUGGCCAAGGUGGACGCGACAGUAGCCAGCGCGGUGGCGGGCAGGUUCGACGUGUCGGGAUAUCCCACCAUCAAGAUCCUGAAAAAUGGGGAGCCUGUGGACUACGACGGUGCAAGAACUGAGAAAGCCAUCGUGGAGCGGGUGAAGGAGAUCUCUCAGCCAGACUGGAAGCCUCCUCCUGAGGCCACGCUGGUGCUGACGAAGGACAACUUUGACGACACCGUUAACAACGCAGACAUCGUCCUGGUGGAGUUCUAUGCUCCAUGGUGCGGACACUGCAAGCGUCUGGCUCCAGAAUACGAGAAGGCGGCCAAGGAGUUGAGCCAGCGCUCUCCUGCCAUCCCUCUGGCCAAGGUGGACGCCACAGUGGAGCCGGAGAUUGCCACACGCUUUGGCGUCUCUGGCUAUCCCACGCUGAAGAUCUUCAGAAAGGGGAAAGUGUUCGACUACAACGGACCAAGAGAAAAGAAUGGGAUCGUGGACUUCAUGAGCGAACAGGCGGGGCCUCCCACCAGGCAGGUCCAGGCAGCUAAACAGGUGCAGGAGCUCAUGAAGGAUGGUGACGAUGCCCUCAUAGUGGGCGUGUUCUCCAGCGAGCAGGAUGCAGCCUAUGAGAUCUACCUCGAGGCAUGUAAUUUACUGAGGGAAGACUUCACUUUCCGCCACACCUUCAGCGCAGAAGUGGCCAAACUACUCAAAGCUUCUCCCGGUCAGAUCGUCAUUGUUCAUCCCGAAAAGUUCCGCUCAAAGUAUGAACCGGCGUCUCGCACACUCGCAGUCAAGGACUCGACAUCGGUGGCAGAUGUGCAGGAGUUCUUCCAGAAAUAUUCCAUUCCCUUGGUGGGCCACAGAAAACCCAGUAAUGAUGCCAAACGCUACACCAAGAGACCUCUGGUGGUCGUGUAUUAUGGAAUCGACUUCAGCUUCGACUACAGGAAAACAACGCAGUUCUGGAGGUCCAAAGUGCUCGAAGUUGCCAAAGAUUUCCCCGAGUACACAUUCGCCAUCGCCGAUGAGGAGGAUUACGCAGAGGAGCUGAAGAGCCUCGGCCUGAGCGACAGCGGGGAGGACGUGAACGCUGGAAUCAUGUCAGAAACCGGACAGAAGUUCGCCAUGGAGCCAGACGACUUUGACUCGGAGGUGCUGAGAGACUUUGUUACAGCUUUUAAGAAGGGAAAGCUGAAACCCAUCAUCAAAUCCCAGCCGGUGCCGAAGAACAACAAAGGGCCAGUGAAGGUCGUGGUGGGAAAGACCUUUGACGAGAUCGUCAUGGACACCAAGAAGGACGUCCUCAUCGAGUUUUACGCUCCCUGGUGCGGUCACUGCAAGAAGAUGGAGCCGGAUUACUUGGCUCUGGGUAAAAAGUACAAGGAAGAGAAGAAUCUGGUGAUCGCCAAGAUGGACGCCACGGCCAACGACGUGCCACACGACAGCUACAAAGCGGAAGGUUUCCCCACGAUAUACUUGGCCCCAAGUAACAGCAAGCAGAGCCCGGUCAGAUUUGAAGGUGGAGACCGAACGGUAGAAGGACUGAGCAAGUUCUUGGAACAGCACGCCUCAAAGCUACAGCAGAGGGAUGAACUCUGAGACUUUGCGCUCCACGCGUAGCUGAGAACUCUUACCGGGCUCAGACGGAGUCACGGAUGAUGAUGAUGAAGCAUCUGGAGCGCGAUGAAUCAUCAACGGUGUUACUGAGUUGCAGUGAUGAUUACAAUUAUCGUUUUAGUUUCUGUUCAUCCAAGAGAUUCAGCUUUCUUCUGUUUCUAAAAGCAUGUAAGCACUGUUGACUGUUUUUAAAUAAACCAGAAAAUGAAGGAACCCUUUUGCGGACCAGCAC